AUGACUAUUCUUGAUAUGGUUCGAACCAUGCUUAAAGGGGAAAAUAUGCCAAAAGAGUUUUGGGCGGAGGCUGUGCAGUGUGCUAUAUAUGUGCAAAACAGGUGCCCACAUUCGGAGUUGGAUGGAAUGACACCACAAGAAGGAUGGAGUGGAAGAAAGCCAAGUGUCAAACAUUUUAAAGUUUUUGGAAGAAUGGCUUAUGGACAUGUCCCAAGUCAACUCAGAACGAAACUUGAUGACAAAAGCAAGAGAUAUGUUUUCAUUGGCUAUGAUGAACAAGCAAAAGCUUACAGGUUGUACAACCCGGUUUCAGGAAAAAUUCUGGUAAGCCGAGAUGUCCAGGGUUUGUUGGUCGAAUUUCUGGGUUUUACUGUGUGCAAGUUUCUUGGCGGUGCAUGGAGGUGGCUCUUGAGGAAGAUGAUUCGAACAACGACGAAUUUUUGGUUGCUGACGAUGACAACUUGCGACGAAGAAGUCGCUAUUGAAGGGUUCAAAAAUGGUAGAGGACGAGAUGUUAAUGGCAGCCUGAAGGAGAUUCGCCAAGGUGAAGAAGGGGUAUGCCUUAGUGGCCACAGCACCACGAUGAGACACCCCGAGAAACGCAAAGACGAACUCGGGGCAGUUGGAGAGAAGGAUCAUGAUGACCUCACCUUGUCGCACGCCCAAUCUGUGGAGGCCAACCGCCACUUUUUGGGUGGUGGCGUUGACGUCGGAGUAGGUGUAGACUUUUCCAGUGGGGGCAUUGAUCCAACAAGGGCGUGA